AUGUUUAUUAAGUGGCGAAUUGGCUACGUUGCCUGUUGCAUAUUGGCCAUGCUUGUGGCCGUAAGAGCCCAUGUCAAUGCCUAUAGAAAAUUUGGACGCGAUUGUCGCGAUAUAAGCUGUACGCCUACUGAAAGAUGUGUUCUAGCCAGCGUGGCCUGCGAAAAGGAUCAACAGGAUGGCGAGCACUGUGGCCAGUAUCCCAAAUGCGUGGAGCGUGCGUUUAGUCCAGAUCAGCAAUUAAAUCGUUUCACGAUCGACACCACAUCCACCACAGCUAACACUCGUAGCAUCAGCGCACCCAUCUCUAGUCCCAGCACCAGCACGCUCCAUCUGAACCAACAACUGAACAUUAACCCGGACUCAGAUACGGACGGCGGCAUUGAGCUCCUCAAUGGAGCGCCAGGCGCUGAUCCAGGUGCGAGCCAUGCAGAUCAGAGACAGGCGAAUGUUUUGGUCAUUGUGCAGGAUGGCAACCAGCAGUCCAUGCCAAACCCCAAUCCCAAUUUCAAUAGCCAACCCUGGCGACAGCCCUGCAUUGUUAGUCCCUACUAUCCAUAUGCCUGCUCGAAUGCGCCCUCGCCUUACAUGCCCGCCUCAAGGUCUGCGCCGCCUUAUCCCAACGCCCAAACCGCUUCCAGACCGCAGUUGAUGUCUCCAUCACCGCCCUGUUACUUCAAUUGCUAUCCCAGACUGGCACAAAACUAUCCGCUUGCUAGAUCCGUUAGGCCAUCCGCAUCAACUAGCAACUAUUUGCUUUAUAUAACCGUUUAGGGGUUAAAGUGGUUUCUGUUUCUGCUUCUUUUUCUUGCCAGACUCUUCUGGAACGCGUCUUCGACGUUCACCCCAGGUGUUGUACCCUCCGCAACCACAGUUACCAUUGCCGUUACCUUUACCACAAGGUGCUAUUCCAGCGCCAUUGCCACGUCAAUUAGUGUCUCCCACACAGCCCCGACAAGCACCGCCUCAGUUG